ACUGAAGACCCUCGGAAGAAGAGAGUGAAGAAGAGGAGAGCUCAGGAGGAGAGGCGGCAGCUGUAGCUGCGAGUCCUGCCUGGACUGUCUACAGAGACCUAAUUUUUCCACCCCCUGCACAAGCAUGCUGGCCCACAGGGUUAAAAUGACGGGGCCCUGGCUGCUGCUCCUAGGAUUUUUGCACACACUGAUAGGGGUCUCCCCUAUUUUUGCCCUUGAAGAAGACUCCAUCAAAGCAAAAGCUCCCAACUCCCCGAGUGCGGCGUGGGUGCCGCAGCCUAGACCUACACCACCAACCGGGAGAGACCUGAACGCUUGGAACCGGCUCAAGGACCAGCCUUUGGCAUUGUCUGAGGAGGUUGAUGUCAAUAUUGCGCCAGUUCCAAAGUUUGGGGAGCAAGCCCUGGAGAGCUCUACCUCACAAAUAUUGUCACCGAAGACAUGUAGCCCGAAACAGUUCGCGUGCAAAGAUCAAAUCACAUGCAUAUCCAAGGGCUGGAGAUGUGAUGGAGAGAAGGACUGUCCAGAUGGCUCAGAUGAAUCGCCCGAUAUAUGUCCACAGAGUAAGGUGUCCAGAUGCCAGCCCAAUGAGCACAACUGCUUGGGUACUGAGCACUGCAUCCCCAUGACCGAGCUGUGCAACGGGGAGAAUGACUGUGUGGAUGGCUCAGAUGAAGGAGUCCAUUGCCGAGAAUUCUUGACAAACUGCUCCACUAUGGGCUGCCAGCACCACUGUGUCCCGACUCUGAAUGGCCCAGCCUGCUAUUGCAACAGUUCCUUCCAGCUGGCCGAAGACGGGAAAAGCUGUAAAGAUUUUGAUGAGUGUACCGUGUACGGCACCUGUAGCCAAACCUGUGCCAACCAUCAUGGUUCCUACAUAUGCAGCUGCGUUGAGGGGUAUCUUCUUCAGCCUGACCACAAAUCCUGCAAAGCCAAGAAUGAACCAGUGGACCGACCUACCAUCCUACUCAUCGCCAACUCUCAGAACAUCCUAGCUACUUUCUUGAGUGGUGUGCCCGUCCCUAACAUCACUCCCACCAGCACCAAGCAGACCACUGCCAUGGACUUCAACUACGCCGAAGACACGGUCUGUUGGGUCCAUGUUGGUGACAGUGCCUCGCAAACUAUCCUGAAAUGUGCCAAGAUCCCCAACCUCAAGGGCUUCGUUGAGGAGCGGUCCAUCAACAUCUCCCUCAGCUUGCAUCAUGUGGAGCAGAUGGCCAUUGACUGGCUCACGGGCAACUUCUACUUUGUGGAUGACAUCGAUGACCGGAUAUUUGUCUGCAACAAAAAUGGGGACACCUGUGUUACACUGCUUGAUCUGGAGCUCUACAACCCCAAAGGCAUUGCACUGGACCCAACCAUGGGGAAGGUUUUCUUCACCGACUAUGGACAGAUACCCAAAGUGGAGCGGUGUGACAUGGACGGGCAGAACCGUACAAAGCUGGUGGACAGCAAGAUCGUCUUCCCACACGGCAUUACCUUGGACUUAGUCAACCGACUGGUUUAUUGGGCUGAUGCCUACCUUGACUACAUUGAAGUGGUGGAUUAUGAGGGAAAGAACCGGCACACUAUCAUCCAAGGCUUCUUGAUAGAGCAUCUCUACGGUUUGACUGUCUUUGAGAACUAUCUGUACGCCACCAACUCAGACAAUGCCAAUGCCCAGCAGAAGACCAGCGUCAUCCGUGUCAAUCGAUUCAACAGCUCGGACUACCAGGUGGUAACCCGAGUGGAUAAGGGUGGAGCACUGCAUAUCUACCACCAGCGACGGCAACCCAAAGUGAGGAGUCAUGCCUGCGAACAGGACCAGCUUGGCAAACCCGGUGGCUGCUCUGACAUCUGUCUCCUUGGAAACAGCCACAAGACCAGGACUUGCCGGUGCCGAUCAGGAUUCAGCCUGGGCAGUGAUGGGAAAUCCUGCAAAAAACCAGAGCACGAGCUCUUCCUGGUUUAUGGCAAAGGGCGGCCUGGCAUCAUCCGGGGGAUGGACAUGGGGGCCAAAGUGCCCGAUGAGCACAUGAUCCCCAUUGAAAACCUGAUGAAUCCCAGAGCCCUGGAUUUCCACGCAGAGACCGGCUUCAUUUACUUUGCGGACACCACCAGCUACCUGAUUGGGAGGCAGAAGAUUGACGGAACGGACAGAGAAACAAUUCUGAAGGACGGGAUUCACAAUGUGGAAGGCAUUGCUGUGGACUGGAUGGGCAACAAUCUCUACUGGACCGACGAUGGCCCCAAGAAGACCAUCAGCGUUGCCCGGCUUCAGAAAGCGGCUCAGACCAGGAAGACCCUGAUUGAAGGAAAGAUGACUCACCCGCGAGCCAUUGUGGUGGACCCUUUGAACGGGUGGAUGUACUGGACUGAUUGGGAGGAAGACCCAAAAGAUAGCAAGAGGGGGAAGAUAGAAAGGGCUUGGAUGGAUGGCACCAACCGGAACGUCUUUAUCACUUCCAAGACAGUCCUGUGGCCCAACGGACUGAGUCUGGAUAUUCCGGCAAAGGUGCUGUACUGGGUGGAUGCAUUUUACGACCGGAUUGAGAUGGUUUUGCUGAACGGCACAGAACGCAAGAUUGUCUAUGAUGGUAAUGAGUUGAAUCAUGCCUUUGGACUAUGCCACUAUGGCAAGUUCCUCUUCUGGACCGAGUACCGGAGUGGGAGCAUCUAUCGGCUGGACCAGGUCACCAAGGCUGUCACACUGCUCCGCAACGAGCGCCCACCAAUCUUUGAGAUCCGCAUGUAUGAUGCGCAGCAACAACAAGUUGGCUCCAACAGCUGCCGAGUGAACAACGGAGGUUGCAGCAGCCUUUGCCUGGCCAUUCCCAAAAGCAGACAGUGUGCCUGUGCAGAGGACCAGAUUUUGGGACCGGAUUCUGUCACCUGUCAAGCCAACCCAUCUUACAUCCCGCCCCCUCAGUGCCAGCCUGGGGAGUUUGCUUGCAAGAACAACCGCUGCAUCCAAGAGCGCUGGAAAUGCGACGGGGACAAUGACUGCCUGGACAACAGCGAUGAGGCCCCUGAGCUCUGCCAUCAGCACACCUGCCCCUCGGACCGUUUCAAGUGCGAGAACAAUCGCUGCAUUCCCAACCGCUGGCUGUGUGACGGGGACAAUGACUGUGGGAACAAUGAAGAUGAGUCCAACUCCACCUGCUCUGCUCGUACCUGCCCUCCCAACCAGUUCUCCUGUGCCACCGGACGUUGUAUACCCAUGUCUUGGACCUGUGACUUGGAUGAUGAUUGCGGGGACCGCUCUGAUGAGUCAGCCACAUGUGCCUACCCAACCUGUUUCCCCCUGACCCAGUUCACAUGCCACAAUGGCCGCUGCAUCAACAUCAACUGGAGAUGUGACAAUGACAACGACUGCGGGGACAACCAGUUCAAAUGCAACAGUGGGCGCUGCAUUCCUGUACACUGGACUUGCGAUGGGGAUAAUGACUGCGGGGACUACAGCGACGAGACCCACGCUAACUGCACCAAUCAGGCCACACGCCCACCUGGAGGCUGCCACGCAGAUGAGUUUCAGUGCCGGCUAGACGCGCUCUGCAUCCCCAUGCGCUGGCGUUGCGAUGGAGACACCGACUGCAUGGACUCCAGCGAUGAGAAGAACUGUGAGGGUGUCACCCACGCCUGUGAUCCAAAUGUCAAAUUCGGCUGCAAGGAUUCUGCCCGGUGCAUCAGCAAGGCUUGGGUAUGCGAUGGGGACAGUGAUUGUGAGGACAACUCUGAUGAGGAGAACUGUGAGUCGCUGGUGUGCAAGCCGCCAUCUCACACCUGCGCCAACAACACAUCGAUCUGCCUGCCUCCUGAGAAGCUAUGCGAUGGCAACAAUGACUGUGGGGAUGGCUCUGAUGAAGGGAAACUGUGUGACCUGUGUUCUCUGAACAACGGGGGCUGCAGUCACAACUGCACGGUGGCACCGGGCGAGGGCAUCGCGUGUUCUUGUCCUUUGGGCAUGGAGCUGGGCGCCGACAACAAGACCUGCCAGAUCCAGAGCUACUGCGCCAAGCACCUCAAGUGCAGCCAGAAGUGCGAGCAGGACAAGUACAACGUGAAGUGCUCCUGCUACGAGGGGUGGAUGCUGGAGCCUGACGGCGAGAGCUGCCGCAGCAUGGACCCCUUUAAGCCUUUCAUCAUCUUCUCCAACCGCCACGAGAUCCGGCGUAUCGACCUGCACAAGGGAGAUUACAGUGUCUUGGUGCCGGGCUUGCGGAACACCAUCGCUUUGGACUUCCAUCUCAAUCAGAGCUCCCUCUACUGGACCGAUGUGGUGGAGGACAAGAUAUAUCGGGGGAAGCUCCACGAGAACGGUGCCUUGACUAGCUUUGAGGUGGUGAUCCAGUAUGGGCUGGCCACCCCGGAAGGACUCGCUGUAGACUGGAUUGCCGGCAACAUCUACUGGGUCGAAAGCAACCUGGACCAGAUCGAGGUGGCCAAACUGGACGGGACCAUGAGGAGUACCCUGCUGGCUGGCGACAUUGAGCAUCCCCGUGCCAUUGCCCUGGACCCACGAGACGGGAUACUUUUCUGGACUGACUGGGAUGCUAGCCUGCCCCGCAUUGAAGCUGCUUCCAUGAGUGGUGAGGGAAGACGUGUCAUCCACAAGGAAACCGGCUCAGGUGGCUGGCCUAAUGGACUCACGGUUGACUACCUGGAGAAGCGCAUUUUGUGGAUUGAUGCCAGGUCGGACGCCAUCUAUUCUGCCCUCUAUGACGGCUCAGGCCACAUCGAGGUGCUGCGAGGGCAUGAGUACCUGUCGCACCCUUUUGCCGUCACGCUCUACGGUGGUGAGGUGUACUGGACCGACUGGCGCACAAACACCCUGGCCAAGGCCAACAAGUGGACCGGUCACAACGUCACUGUUGUUCAAAGAACCAACACACAGCCCUUCGACUUGCAGGUCUAUCACCCCUCUCGCCAGCCUCUAGCUCCCAACCCAUGCGAGGCCAAUGGAGGCAGAGGCCGUUGCUCUCACCUCUGCCUUAUCAAUUACAACAGCACCUACUCCUGUGCCUGCCCUCACCUCAUGAAGCUAGACAAGGACAACACUACAUGCUACGAAUUUAGGAAGUUCCUGCUGUACGCCCGCCAAAUGGAGAUACGGGGAGUUGACAUUGACAGCCCUUACUACAAUUACAUCAUCUCUUUCACUGUGCCUGAUAUCGACAACGUCACUGUGGUUGACUACGAUGCCGUGGAGCGGCGGAUCUACUGGUCCGACGUCCGCACGCAAACCAUCAAGAGGGCAUUCAUCAACGGAACUGGUGUGGAAACGUGUCUGCAGGUGGACUUACCCAAUGCCCAUGGCCUAGCUGUGGACUGGAUCUCCAGGAACCUCUUCUGGACCAGCUACGAUGCCAACAAGAAGCAGAUCAACGUUGCCCGGCUAGAUGGCUCAUUCAAGAAUGCUGUGAUUCAAGGACUGGACAAACCCCAUUGCCUGGUUGUGCAUCCUCACAAAGGGAAGCUGUACUGGACAGAUGGAGAUAACCUCAACAUUGCCAACAUGGAUGGCGGCAAUCGUAGCAUGCUGUUCUCGAACCAAAAGGGCCCUGUCGGCCUCUCCAUCGACUACCAGGAAAGCAAGCUGUACUGGAUCAGCUCCGGCAAUGGCACCAUCAACAGGUGUAACUUGGACGGCAGCGGCUUUGAGGUAUUGGAGUCCAUGAAGAGCCACUUGCGCAAGGCCACAGCGUUGGCUAUCAUGGGUGACAAGUUGUGGUGGGCUGACCAGGCUGCCGAGAAAAUGGGCACCUGCAACAAGAAGGAUGGGUCGGAGGCCGCCGUGCUGCGCAAUAGCACCACCCUGGUCAUGCACAUGAAAGUCUACGAUGAGAGCAUUCAGCAGCUAGGCACCAACCCCUGCAGCAUCAACAAUGGAGACUGCUCCCAGCUCUGUCUUCCCACCUCGGAGACUUCUCGUUCCUGCAUGUGCACAGCCGGCUACAGCUUGAAGACUGGACAGCAGUCUUGUGAAGGGGUUGGCUCUUUCCUCCUCUACUCUGUGCACGAGGGUAUCCGUGGCAUCCCGUUGGACCCCAAUGACAAGUCUGAUGCAUUGGUGCCCGUCUCCGGUACCUCGCUGGCUGUUGGCAUUGAUUUCCAUGCUGGAAACAUCUACUGGACAGACCAGGGCUUUGACGUUAUUGAGGUAGCCAGGCUCAACGGAUCGUUCCGCUACGUGGUGAUCUCACAGGGGCUGGACAAGCCACGGGCCAUCACAGUGCACCCAGAAAAAGGCUUGGAUGGGAAGCUUUACUGGUGUGACGCCCGGACAGAUAAGAUUGAACGCAUCGACCUGGAGACUGGUGACAACAGGGAAGUUGUCCUGUCCUCUAACAACAUGGACAUGUUCUCGGUGUCGGUCUUUGAGGAUUACAUCUACUGGAGUGACAGGACUCAUGCAAAUGGAUCCAUUAAGAGGGGCAGCAAGGACAACGCUUCCGAAAUUGUCUCUCUGCGCACAGGAAUCGGAGUGCAGCUGAAAGACAUCAAGGUGUUCAACAGAGCCAGGCAGAAGGGUACCAAUGUAUGCGCUCAGAACAACGGUGGCUGUCAGCAAUUGUGCCUGUUCCGGGGAGGGGAACAACGGACGUGCGCAUGCGCCCACGGCAUGCUCGCUGAGGACGGCGUGAGCUGCCGUGAGUACGACGGCUACCUGCUGUACUCGGAGCGUACCAUCCUCAAGAGCAUCCACUUGUCCGACGAGAACAACCUCAACGCGCCCAUCAAGCCGUUUGAAGACAGCGACCACAUGAAAAACGUCAUCGCUUUGGCUUUUGACUACCGCUAUGGCAGCAAGGGCAGCAACCGCAUCUUCUACAGCGACAUUCAUUUUGGCAACAUCCAACAGAUCAAUGAUGAUGGAACAGGACGUAGGACCAUAGUGGACAAUGUUGGCUCAGUCGAGGGGCUGGCCUACCACCGAGGCUGGGAUACUUUGUACUGGACGAGCUACACCACGUCCACCAUCACCCGGCACACUGUGAAUCAGACCCGCCCCGGAGCUUUUGAAAGAGACACAGUCAUCACUAUGUCCGGGGAUGACCAUCCUCGAGCCUUUGUGCUGGAUGAGUGCCAGAAUCUGAUGUUCUGGACCAACUGGAACGAGCAGCACCCCAGCAUCAUGCGAGCCUCCCUGUCCGGCGCCAAUAUGAUCACCAUCAUCGAUAAAGACAUCCGUACGCCCAACGGCCUGGCCAUUGACCACAAGGCCGAGAAGAUCUAUUUCUCCGAUGCCACGCUGGACAAGAUCGAGCGCUGUGAAUAUGAUGGCUCCCAACGACAAAGGACCCUUCAGGAGGAUCUUAGCUGCAGAGCCGCCAACUCCACCUGUCAUGUGCACACCGAGUUCGAGUGCGGGAACGGAGACUGCAUUGACUUCAGCCGGACCUGUGACGGCGUGGCCCAGUGCAAGGACAAGUCAGACGAGAAGCAAUCCUACUGCAACAACCGCAAGUGUAAGAAGGGCUACUUCCAUUGCAUCAACAAGCGCUGCGUGGCCAACAGGUUCCUGUGCAAUGGCGCGGACGACUGCGGGGACAACUCAGACGAAGUGGCUUGUAACAAGACGAGCUGUGCUGCCACGGAGUUCCGUUGCCGGGAUGGGACCUGCAUCAGCAACUCAAGCCGCUGCAACCAGCAUAUCGACUGUGAGGAUGCAUCGGACGAGAUGAACUGCACCGCCACGGACUGCAGCAGCUUUUUCAAGCUGGGAGUAAAAGACACCACCUUCCUGAAGUGUGAGCACACGUCCUUGUGCUAUGCUCAGUCCUGGGUGUGUGACGGCAGCAAUGACUGUGGAGACUAUUCAGAUGAGCAGAACUGCCCAGGUAUUGUGAGGAAAUCAAAGUGCCCUGCCAACUACUUCACCUGCCCAAGUGGGAGGUGUAUUCCCAUGACCUGGACAUGUGAUAAAGAGAACGACUGUGAAAACGGCGAGGAUGAAACACACUGUAAUAAGUUCUGCUUCCCCGGGAAGUUUGAGUGCAACAAUCACCGCUGCAUCUCCAAAUUGUGGGUGUGCGAUGGCGCAGACGACUGCGGGGAUGGCUCAGAUGAAGACCACCGUUGCAGCCUCACCACCUGUGCUGCAGGUUCCUUCCAGUGCCCAAACACCUAUGUGUGUGUGCCAGAACGCUGGCUGUGUGACGGGGACAAAGACUGUGCUGAUGGUUCGGACGAAAGCCUGGCUGCCGGCUGCUUGUACAACAAUACAUGUGACGAGCGGGAAUUCAUGUGCAACAACCGGCAGUGCAUCCCCAAACAUCUUGUUUGCGACCAUGAUAACGACUGUGGCGAUAAUUCGGACGAGUCUCCGGAAUGUGAGUACCCCACGUGCGGCCCCAACGAGUUCCGCUGUGCCAACGGCCGCUGCCUGAGCCACAAGCAGUGGGAGUGCGACGGCGAGUUUGACUGCCACGACCACUCCGACGAGGCACCCAAGAAUCCUCGCUGCUCCGGCACAGAGAGCAAGUGCAACAGCAGCUCUUUCCUGUGCCACAAUGGGAACUGCAUCUCCGAGCAUCUGCUCUGCGACAACAACAACGACUGUGCUGACGGCUCUGACGAACUCAAUUGCUUCAUCAACGAGUGCCUCAACAAGAAGCUCAGCGGCUGCUCCCAGGAGUGUGAAGACCUCAAAAUCGGCUACAAGUGCAGAUGUCGCCCUGGGUUCCGGCUGAAGGAUGACGGGAAGACUUGCAUUGACAUUGACGAGUGCACAACCACCUACCCGUGCAGCCAGGUAUGCUACAACACCAUGGGAAGCUUCAAGUGCCUCUGCGUGGACGGCUACAUGGUGAAGCCGGACGACCCCACCAGCUGCAAAGCUGUCACAGAUGACGAGCCCUUCCUGAUCUUUGCUAAUCGGUACUACCUUCGGAAGCUGAGCCUGGAUGGUUCCAACUACACGUUGCUGAAACAGGGGCUGAACAAUGCUGUGGCUUUGGACUUCGACUACCGGGAACAAAUGAUCUAUUGGACAGAUGUCACCACGCAAGGCAGCAUGAUCCGCCGCAUGCACAUCAAUGGCAGCAAUGUACAGGUUCUGCACCGUACCGGGCUAAGCAACCCUGACGGGCUGGCCGUGGACUGGGUGGGUGGAAACUUAUACUGGUGUGACAAAGGAAGAGACACCAUUGAAGUGUCAAAGCUCAACGGGGCCUACCGCACCGUGCUGGUGAACACAGGGCUGCGGGAACCCAGGGCACUGGUGGUGGAUGUACAGCACGGAUACUUGUACUGGACAGACUGGGGUGACCAUUCCCUGAUUGGCAAGAUCGGCAUGGAUGGUACCAACCGGAGCGUCAUCGUGGACACCAAGAUCACCUGGCCCAACGGCCUCACCCUGGACUACAUUAACGGCCGCAUCUACUGGGCCGAUGCCCGGGAGGACUACAUCGAAUUCGCCAGCCUGGAUGGCUCCAACCGGCACAUAGUUCUGAGCCAGGAUAUUCCUCACAUCUUUGCCCUGACACUCUUUGAGGAUUACAUCUACUGGACCGACUGGGAGACCAAAUCCAUCAAUCGGGCCCACAAGACCACCGGCACCAACAAAACCACUCUGAUCAGCACGCUGCAUCGGCCCAUGGACAUCCACAUCUUCCACCCCUACAGGCAACCAGAUGUUCCCAACCACCCCUGCAAAAUCAACAACGGCGGCUGCAGCAACCUGUGCCUGCUGUCACCAGGCGGAGGUUUCAAGUGCGCUUGCCCGACCAACUUCUAUUUGGGUGCGGAUGGCAAGACCUGCAUCUCCAACUGCACAGCCAGCCAGUUUGUUUGUAAGAAUGACAAGUGCAUCCCUUUCUGGUGGAAAUGCGACACAGAAGACGACUGCGGGGAUCAUUCGGAUGAGCCCGAGAACUGCCCUGAAUUCAAGUGCCGUCCGGGCCAGUUCCAGUGUUUGACAGGCGUCUGCACCAACCCGGCCUUCAUCUGCGACGGGGACAACGAUUGUCACGACAGCUCGGAUGAGGCCAACUGUGAGGUGCACGUCUGCCUGCCCAGCCAGUUUAAGUGUACCAACACCAACCGCUGCAUCCCCGGCAUCUUCCGUUGCAACGGGCAGGACAACUGCGGUGACGGAGAGGAUGAGAAGGACUGUCCGGAGGUGACUUGUGCCCCAAACCAGUUCCAGUGUGCCAUUACCAAACGCUGUAUCCCACGGGUGUGGGUGUGUGACCGAGACAAUGACUGUGUGGACGGAUCUGAUGAACCUGCCAAUUGCACACAAAUGAGAUGCGGCCUGGAUGAGUUCCGAUGCAAAGAUUCAGGUCGGUGCAUCCCGGCACGUUGGAAAUGUGACGGGGAGGAUGACUGUGGAGAUGGCUCAGACGAACCAAAGGAAGAAUGUGACGAGCGAACCUGUGAGCCGUACCAGUUCCGAUGCAGGAACAACCGCUGUGUGCCCGGCCGCUGGCAGUGUGACUAUGACAACGACUGCGGAGACAACUCGGACGAGGAGAACUGUAAACCCAGACCGUGCUCUGAAAGCGAGUUCUCCUGUGCCAACGGGCGUUGCAUCGCCGGUCGCUGGAAGUGCGAUGGAGACCACGAUUGUGCCGAUGGGUCUGAUGAGAAAGAAUGCAAGCCGCGCUGUGACCACGACCAGUUCCACUGCAGGAACGGUCACUGCAUCCCCCUGCGAUGGCGCUGCGAUGCCGAUGCUGACUGCAUGGACGGCAGUGACGAGGAGAACUGCAGCACCAGAGUGAGGACCUGCCCUCUGGAUGAGUUCCAGUGCAACAACACCCUGUGCAAGCCACUGGCCUGGAAGUGUGAUGGGGAGGAUGACUGUGGCGAUAACUCCGACGAGAACCCCGAGGAAUGCUUGAAAUUCCACUGUCCCCCCAAUAGACCGUUCCGCUGCAAGAACGACCGCGUGUGCCUCUGGAUCGGUCGCCAGUGUGACGGCAUCGACAACUGUGGCGACGGCACCGACGAGCUGUACUGUGAGUCACCCACUAGCAGGCCCAGGAACUGCAGCCACGAGAAGAAUGAAUUCCACUGCCACAACGGGAAAUGCAUCGGGGCUGAACUGCGCUGCAACUUCUUUGAUGACUGCGGGGACGGGUCCGACGAGGACCGUUGCUUGCUAGAUCUCAAGACGUAUGGCUGUCACACCAAUGUGACCAUGUGCGGCGACGAAGCCAAAUGCAUGCAGACCCGCUCAGCUGUGUACUGCACCUGCCGCGGCGGCUUCCAGAAAGUCACAGACAAGAAUUCUUGCCAAGAUAUCAAUGAAUGCCUGAACUUCGGGGUUUGCUCUCAACUCUGCAACAACACCAAAGGGUCAUACAUGUGUACCUGUGCCAAGAACUUCAUGAGGACCCAUCAUAUGUGCAAGGCAGAAGCUGUCGCGCCCAAUAAAGAUAAGUCCUGCAAUGCUUCUCAGAGAUGUUACAAGGUGCUCGAUUCUGCCCUCUCAGAGGUUAUUGACAGCCGUCGAGCACAGAAGUGGCCUCGCCAUCCUCCAACUGCUGCGGCAGAGUCCGAUCGACCGGGUAUCCACAGGACCCCUUGA